GCCUCACCUCACCUCAACUCACCUCACUGGCAACACUAUAGAUACCAAAAGCUUAUUUUAAUUUUUUGGUUGAGGGUUGAUUCAUGCAUAAUUUGCAUCAAAUUUUUAAUUUACAAUUUUAAUGUCCAAUUAUAUCAAAAGUUUCUCUCAACCCCAACUCUAAAUCGACUGGAACCACUUUUGUGAUUUUUUUUGAGGGAAAGUCUCCGUUCUGUUUUGUUUUGCUUUUUCUCUCACCGGCGAGCGUUUCUAAUACGUCAGAUUAUUUUACAAGUUUGGACUUGUAAAAGUUGUAAAACAUUAAAUUCAAAGUUUAAAUAAUUAUUGCAUUAAGUAAUUAUUAUAAGUAAGAACGUAAGAACUCGAUGAAAAAUGGAUAAUUUGCGAGGAGGAAGAGGAGGUGCCGGUCCAACCCGCGGGGGACGCGGUGGGUACUAUCGACGCCCAUGGCGAAUGUUUGGGAGAGGAAACAAUCGUGGUCGCGGGAGGGGAGCAAGAAAUGACCCCGGGUCUUCUGUCGAUGACAACAACACUGGUCCAGCUCCCGUUCCACGACCAGGCGGUAGUGGUGCAAACAAAGAACAACCGAGUCGCAGUAACCCCUCUCAAGAUUUCGGGAAUAUGUCCCCACCUCCAAAACGAAAUCGAAAACCGAGGAAACCCACGAGUUCUGUUGUUACCGCGUGGAAACGUAAACUGCCUGGAUAUCGUCUCUACUACCCAGAAUUUCCUCCAAAGCUUCCCGAACCAGAUAUAAAAAUUGGCCUUAUCUCCGACUACUUGACAAAUAAUGGGUACAACAACACGGACAGGUUUACGGAAGUAUGUGAGGCGGAGUACUUUGAAGUAAUUUGCGAGGAUGUGCUCGAAGAUGAAGUCUUUAUGGCUGGGUGGACAAACUUCUUGGACGAUUUGACCAACACUCCGAUGGAGGUGGUCAACUUGUGGGGUGCAGUGAUGCAUAAGUUGGCGUGUCAAAGUCAUCGGAGAGAACAUGGGAUGGAUGAUGAUGAAGAUGGUGAGGAUGAUGAGGGAGGAAAUUUAAUGGGUGAUUGUCGAGGAAGAAACGGCUUGGUGAACAAUGUAGGGCGAAUUCAUGCAGGACUCCUAAAAGUUGAACCCGUUAUUAGUCUUGCGGGGUUAAGUUCUUUAAGUUUAGAAAAAUUCGUCAUUGUACGAGGCCAAAUUGCCGGUGCUGGGGAAGUUCAACCUGUCUGUCUGCAAAUGCCUUUUAUGUGCAACAUUUGUCAAGAAGAGUUUGUCGUGGAUCAGCCCCAUGGAAUUUACACGCUGCCGAAACGUUGUGGCUUAAGUGAAGAGUGUAACAACAAACGCGACUUCGAGAUGAUGGAAACAUCCCCAAAUCUGCUAAUGAUGGAUUCCAGGACGAUAAAGUUACAAGAUGUGGAGGAUUUCGAGAAAACUCAUGGAGCCCUGCCCAGAACGAUUAAAUGUGAAUUGACAAAUGGACUUGUAGAUCAGUGCAACACUGGAGAUACUCUCACAUUAACUGGAGUUUUAAAAAUGAAUAGAGAAUUCGAUUUCAAAAAUGAUCCCAGCCUCCAGGACAUGCAUAUUGAAGUAAUUGCAAUGCGAAACCAUAAAGACUCGGCACAUUCAAUGGGUGGUCACUGGUUUACUUUCAGUGAUUUGGAUUACUGUGCCGUCCGAGAGAUUUUUGAUACUCCGGAUCUCUUCAAACUGCUCGUCGCAUCGCUAUGCGAGUCAAUUUUUGGGCAUGAAUUUGUCAAGGCGGCCCUCAUUUUAAGUCUGUUUGGGGGGAGACAGCACGCAAACGAUGUACUCUCGAGACGAAGCGACAUUAAUAUCCUCAUGGUUGGUGACCCUGGAAUUGGCAAAUCGCAAAUGCUUCACGCAGUCACGAAGGUCGCUCCAAGAGGGGUAUACGUUUGUGGGACAGGUAGUACAGUUGCUGGGCUGACCGUGACAAUGGUCAAAGAUGGCAAUGCAUAUUCUUUAGAGGCUGGUGCAUUAGUCAUGAGCGACAAGGGAGUUUGCUGCAUCGACGAGUUGGACAAAAUGGCCCCACACCAUUCCGCUUUACUCGAAGCAAUGGAGCAACAAAGCGUCAGUAUCGCCAAGUCUGGCGUCCUUCGUACCCUUCCUGCCAGGAGUACAGUAAUUGCUGCAGCCAACCCGGUCGGUGGACAUUACGACAUGUUGAAGAGCUUUAGUGAGAACGUCAAGAUUAGCACGCCCCUCUUUUCUCGAUUCGAUAUCACAUUCCUCCUUAUUGACAAAGCUAGCAAUGAAUUCGAUAAGCGACUUGGUCAUCAUGUCUUGGGUAUCGGCGGCAAUAAAAAAGGUGUAACAACACAGGCAGCUGGUAGUAGUAGAGGAAUGGAAAACGGGCAAAGUUUGAUGGGCGAUGACGACGGUAUUCCUGGUUUCGGAACUCCAUUGAUUGACCGGCUGAAGGUGCUUGAUGGAAAGAGGUUGGACAUAAUGCCGCACGAAUUAAUGCGAAAAUACAUUGCCUACGCGAGACAAUAUGUCCAUCCUAAAAUUUCUCUGGAAUGUGGAGAAGUUCUGAAAGAAUACUACUUGCGGCUGCGGGUGAGACACCGGCAGAGAGAUUCGACCCCAAUUACUACGCGUCAAUUGGAAUCGUUAAUUCGUCUAACUGAGGCUCGAGCGAAAUUGGAGCUUCGAGAAAUCGCAACUGCCGAUGACGCCAGAGAUGUAUUGGAAAUAUUCGAGUCUAGUCUUUCCAGCGCUUUUAGCGACGAAGUUAUAGCCGUGUCGGCUUUAUCACAGUCUAUCGUGAUUGGAACCCCGUCUUUAACGAGUAAAACGCAAACGAGAAACCAAGCUAAGCGACUUGUUGCAGCUUUACAGCAAACUGCGGAAUUGCAAGGAAAAAAGAUGUUUUCGACUAAUGAUAUCCGUCAAACGGUUCAGAGACUACAGUUAACAGCGACGGCGGACGAAUUAAUUGCCAAAUUAAACAAUGAGUGCUUACUAUUAAUGAAAGGUGCAGGUUUGUAUCAAUUACAGACAGUGUAAAUUUAUAAAUGAUCUCGUUUAAUUUGUGUUCAGUCAUUAUAAUUGAAGAUUUAAAUUGUAAUAUAGAUUUAAUCUUCAUACUCAUUGUAUUUACAGAUAUAUGACCAUUUUAAAAAUGAAUAAUAAAUUUGUUGUACUAAAUGUAAAA